AUGACAACAAUAGAAUAUAUGAAUCAUCAACAACAAAGAAGAUAUUAUAGUGAUCAUUAUGAAGAUGAAGAGGAUGAAAAUCCCUGGAGGAGACCAUAUUAUCCUAACCCAUGGAGAAGAAGAUUUAUGGGAAUAAUUAAAAUGUUAUGGUAG